AUGUCAAUUAAAGCCGAAGGAAAUCCUUGUCCUAAUUGUUCGACGCGACUUAAAUGUUACUUCAUUAAUUUGAACGAGAAGGUACUAAUAUGCCCCAAGAAAAAGUGUCUUUUUCCGUUCGAUAAAGCAGAUAUUUCACCUUAUGUUAUAAAAUCUGGUUCGCUGAUAGGAAAAGAACGUAUUGGCGAAUCAUCAUCGCAUAUAAAAUCUACUCAACCAUUGGUUCGAUCAAAUAAGGAGGAAUCUUUCAACCCACCAAAUGAAGAUGCUUCGAAUUUUCCUGAAAAUUCAAUCUUCAACCAGAACAAUUCUAUUACUUUGAAGACUUUGGGAGUUACAUUGAGAGAUGAUCCAACAAAUAAAAAUAAAUUACAACCGAAUUCAUCACAAGGAUUGUCCACGGACACUUCUUCAAAUUCAGUCGAGAAUGAUUUAGAAAUGUUAUUUAAUAAAUUUCCAAUGCCAACAACUGAAGGAUCAUUAUCCGAUGCUACAGCAGGGAAUGGUUUGUUAAAUAUUAAUACGACGGGUGAAGCUGGUAACGGAAAUUCUUUAACUGUGGGGGAGUAUACAAGAAUGUUAUUCGGGCAAUCGGGCAUUGAUAUGAAUUUAGAUAUGUUUUCACUGAAUUCCGAUAUAAUGGGUAUAAGCAUACAAGGUAAUAAUGUAAAUAUGGAAUUAGAUGAACUUUUAGGAACAUUCGAUCCAUUAGAAUGA